AAGAUUAAAUGUGUGUUUCCCCAAAAACGAAACUUGAGGAUCUGAGCAGACGCAGUAAAUUCAGCCCAACCCCUUGGACAGCACCACACGACGUCAGAGACUAGUCGGGUACCAGUCUCCUCUACAACAGCGCCUGCAAGACUGUUUUUUCAACAAUCCAGACCGGAAAGGGGACAAAGGCUGAUUUCUCUCCGUAUUUCUCUGAGGUCCACUGUGGUCAGAACACUUCAGUCUUUUCAGAGUUGGAGUCUGGCUGUGCUGGACAUUUGGAGACUAAACACUGGAUUUAAACAGAUGGAAGGUGAUAAUAAGUAAACACCAAAGUUGAUGAUGUGACAAAAGGAGAAAGAAAAACAUGGCUGACAAAUUUGAGCAGUCACCUGAGAAUUGGACAGAGUCUCAAGUUAGCACCUGGCUGAGAUCCAUUGGAGUGAAGGAACAGUACAUAAAAAAGCUCUUUGAGGAAGAAGUAGAUGGACAAAUACUUCUGACACUGGAUGAGGACUUUUUGAAGGCAAAAAUUUGCAUGAAAUCAGGGCCAGCUCAUUUGGUUAUUAAAAAGAGAGAUGAGCUCCUCGACUUCCAGAAAAAAUCACAGGAGAAGAAAAAGCCCACCAGUUGCAUAAACAACAAAUUGGAGCAGAACAACGAUCAAAAGUUAGUUCAGUGUCCUCCAGCAACAAGUGACAGUCCUUCAGGACAGGUAUCUGUGAGCAAUCAAGGUGUCUUGGAAGAGAGACAAACUGCUCAGAAACAGUCUGUGUUGGCUUCAAAGGAAGACUGCAAACCAAGACCAUUUGAUCAAGAGGGGAUUGAUUACAUAUAUGUAAAGCACAGAGUCCUGCAACCUGAAUCAGGUGCUUUUAAUUUGAUAUCACCAUGCCAUGAAUUUAAGUCUUUUGCUAUAGCUGCUGCAUUGGAUCGUGGACGACUCCAAGCCAAGUUUGCCAAAGAGGUUCUAAAAUUUGCAACUGGCUGCAUGAAUAUCAGAUCAAAUGGCACAAUACACUUUGGUGUGAUGGACAGCAAGGAAGAUGCAGGAUACGUGCAUGGUGAGGUAAUUGGUAUCCCUGUAAAAGAAAGGGACAUUUAUGUAGAUGCUUUGGACUUCAUUGAAAGGAGCUUCUCCUCUAACAAGGAGCAAAUACGAAAGUGUGUUCGGCCACCAAGGUUUGUUGAGGUUAUGGAUCGAGACAGUACAGAAAAGAUGUAUGUGGUCGAGGUUGACAUUGUGCCCUCAAUCAGUAUUGUUAAGAGCAAAGUAUUUGCAGUUCGUCUGCCAAACUUCAAAGAGUCAUCUAACAAAAUUGAAUUUGAGAAGGAAGCUACUCUGCGAAGGGUCGGUUCAAAAACAGAGCCAGUGAAUGACAAAGACCUCGGUGAUUUCUACCAGCAAGUCAAGGAUCGGGAUGCUCAAAGAGAAGAAGCAGAGAAAAAUCAGUUUCUUAGUGCUCCAGGGUUCUGUCAAGACCUUGGAAGGAAACUUACGAUGCUAACAACUAGUGGGAAGAAAUUCAUUGAAAAGGAGAAAUGGUUCAUAUUCGUCACAAACAAAUUCAAACUUGAUGAUCUUUGCCACAUUGACUGGCUGCUUAACAUGAACAUUUUCUGUGUGUUUGACUUUGAUCCAGACUCAAAGAUAUCAGGCCUUUGUAGCAAAUACCUUCAGCAUCAUGCUGCAAACAUGCAUUCUCUGCAGAGCUAUAGGAUGCCCUGUGACACAAGCAUCAAAGAAUUCACAAACAACUUGCAUCUGUUUGAGCAAACUAGCUGGAUCUUUUGUAAUGGCCGCUCUGACUUCAAGGGAAGUGAAACUCCAUGUGAUGAAAUGAGUUGGAUCAAGACAAAAAUGACCUUCUUGAGGGAAUCUGUGUCUUUGAUUUGUAAGCAAAUCCUGCCAAAAGGGGCUUUCCAGGUCAUUUUCCUUCUCACAUCACCAGUCGAGAAACCACUCCUGCACACCUUUUAUGAGUUUUUCACAGACAUGGAAGGCCAUGAAGACAUCAUCUGCAUCUGUGAAUCCCAAGAAAACUUCCAGAAGUGGCAAAGCUUUGCAGAGGGAUCAUGUGGAACAGAUAUUGUGAACAAUUUCAGUGUUGUUGGGAUGAAAAUGAGUCAUGUUAAUGCAACUGUACAGAAAGUACAACCUGUAAAAGCCUGUGCCAGCAAAUACUUGCCAGUCUUUGUGAAAGGGAUAUGUCUUCUUGAAACAAACAAAGAAGAACAGAUGGGUUCUCUAGAAAUUCUGACAGUCAAUCAUUGUGAUGAAACAAGCAAAGACUUCAUCAAUGAGGAGAAAGCAAAUAUCGAACACCAGUUCUACCGUGGUGGGAGAGUGACCUGGUUGAAUUUCUGGCUUGCUGAGCACAAGUAUGUUGGAGAGGUCAUUGAACGGGAUGCUUAUGAGGAAGUUUCCAGACUUCUCAAGGAUGUUUUGAAAUGUAAUGCAGAUCAGACUCCGGUGACUAGUAUAAACAUCUACCAUCAUCCAGGAAGCGGUGGAAGUACUGUGGCAAGACUUGUAUUGUGGAAUAACAGGAAAGAUCUCAGAUGUGCAGUUGUGAAGCCCUCAUACUCAGUUGCUGUUGUUGCGCAACAUGCAGUUGACUUAAGAGAAUAUGAAGAAAAAGAUCCACAAAAGUGCCUUCCUGUGUUGCUCCUCAUUGAAGACUCAGACAAAGAAUAUCUAGAUGAUCUCAAGAAUGAACUUGAUGUUGCAAUUAACAGCAAAAGAAUCCAGUAUGGAACACUAUGUUUCAUUUUGUUGAGCUGCAGACGAUCCCAUGAUCCAGAGAGGAGAUGCAAGGAGUCUGCAUUACAGAAUGUGUCUGUCACUCACAAACUGUCUGCUGAAGAGAAGAGAAAGUUUGCUGGAAAACGACAGGCACUUGAGGAGCGAUAUGAGCCUCAGUUCAUCCUGACAUUUGUUUUGAUGAGUGAAGAAUUCACUGAGGAUUACGUUCAACAAUUUGUGGAACAUUUGCUCCAAGACAUUGACCGUCGAUCUGUUGUCACUCGCCUCAUUCACUAUGUGGCACUACUGAACACUUAUGUUCAAAACUCUUUUAUCUCUCAGUCCCACUGUGAAGCUCUGCUGGCUUUAACCAUGUACAUGGAAAGGUUUCGCCACCAUGAGUUUGAGAGAUCACUCAGUGAUCAGGCUAAACUAGUCUUCUUGCACCUUAGAGAUGACAAGACUCACAUUGAAUCAAUCAGAAUCAUCCACCCACUUGUUGCAAAGGAAAUUCUCCAACAACUUUUGGGGGACCAACAGACCCACAGCAGUUUGGCAAUGGAUUUGCUCUGCGAGAGUGUGCUUUUUGAGCACAGAUUUGGAAGGGAAGAAUAUCUGUCAUUCUUGAGAGCACUUUUCAUAAGGCGAUCCAGAAUAAGCAAAGGAGAUGAAUAUGAUAGUUUCUUCUCUCCUCUGAUUGAACAUGUGUGUGAAAUUGAGAAAAAUCCAGACAAAGCAAUUGAGUUACUCAAGGAAGCGUUUGAGUGUUUCCAUAAAGAUCCAUUCUUUGCCCAACAACUUGCUCGUCUUCUGUAUACUUACGAAAAGUUUGAAGAGGCAAAAUACUGGGCAGAGACAGCAGCUAAACAGCUGCCCAACAAUUCAUACAUACUCGACACAAGAGGGCAGGUGUACAGAAAAUGGUUCCAAGCAAAAUGCAAAGCCAUUGACAAUGGCAGUAUACGAAACACAGCUCAAAAUACAGCAGAUGCUGUGGAGACUGCACUGAAAGCCCUGGAGUGUUUCCAAGAAUGUGAGAGAGCAGCUGAUGCAGAUAUGGAAAAUGUUAACAGCUCAGGAUAUUUUGCUGAAGUUGAGGUUGGAUGCAGCCUGCUUAAACUGAUCUCUUCAUUGCAGGUGUUUGCAAACAGAGCCAAUGGUCAUUCUGAAUGUAUGAAGUACCUGUUAACAGAUUACAUUCCAGAGGAGCUUGAAGAUGCCUGGGAACCAUUUCAUGGUCGUUUGAAAAAACUUCACAAAACAUUGCAAGAUGCUCUGGAAUGGAUUUCAGAAGACCUCAGUUACUUCCAGACAGACAUUGGUGCAGAUGAAGAGGAGAUUCGUGAAAGUCCCGAAGAGAAAAUAAGCCAUCCAUUGACAUGGUUGUCCAAAAAAUCCUCUGAGUAUGGGAAGUACUUCAGUGAAGCUUAUUCUACAGCACUUCUACACCCUGGGAAAUCAAUCCCAAACAAUCUGACUCCUUUACAAAAACGCAUGAUCAUCUAUCAUCUUGGUGGGGGUAAUAUAACAUCCAUCCUCUCCAAGCUAACUGACCAGAGAGAUGCAGUACCUCUUCUAGAGAACAUCCUCUCCCUCUACCCAAGCAAUCCAAUAAAGGCCAAAUUUGGCCAGAGGGAUAUUGUCAAUUACAUAGUGGCCCACAUUACUCUGAACUGCUUGUCACCACAGGUUCCAAAGGUAGCUCCUCUUAAAACUCUACAGGCACUUUGUCAUCAGUUCCCAGCUGAUAAAAAGAAAUGUGUACCAAGUGCCCUGUUCUUGCUUACCUUGCUAUUCUGGCCAGAGGAUAAUGACACAGACCAUGAGAAAGAAAACAAAUAUGAAAUUGUCCAAUCAGCUGUUGAGCACAUGGAAAAAGGCUACUGGACCAAGAUGAAGGACAUUCCUCAGCGGAAGAGAAGACUUUACACCCAUUUUUUUCUUGGCAAUGGGAAUGGAUUGGAUAAAUUUGUCCACAAGAAAAAGUUUGAAAGAGUCACAAAGGUGGUGUCAGUCUCUGAGAAACGCAUGAAAUGGUUUAGGGGUGAGGCGUGGAAAAAACCUGAGAUUGCUGAGAUGUUGAAAUGUGUUUCUGGAUGGACUGAAGAUGGAGUGGUGUACCUUGAGGGUCCUCAGAAAAAGAAGUUCAGUAUACUGCCUCUUCAUGUACCCUCAGUGCCUCAUAGUAAUGAAAACAUCACCUUCUACCUGGGGUUCACAUUCAGAGGCCCCGUUGCCUGCAACAUUGUUGUGAAAAAAUAGUUUGUUCUUGAACAAUGAUCCUGUCACUUGCUGAACCAUGGAUGUAGUAUCCACCUCAUUAACAAGAGCAAGAACAGAUUGUGAUGAUAAAGUUCAAAACACACAAACCCUUCUUUGUCAGUUUGUUAAGCAGGCAAUGUUUGUAAAAGACAGGACUUAAAAUGUUGACAUGAGUAUUGCAUUGUUUUGUAAGAUGUAAUAUGGUUUUGAUAUACAAUAUAUUACUGUUUUUUUCUCUCUCGUACUUGGAUAUGUAUGUAAGUGAACUCAAAAACACAGCUAAAGUGUUAAAUUUAUCAACCAGUCUUUGUUUAUACUAUAUAUGAAUGUAUCUAACCUUUGCUAUGACAUGAUUCACUCUGGAUUCCCAAAGGGAUAACAAUGUAAAUAGGAUUUCUACUUUACAGCUCAAUAUUAACUUCCAAGUCUUUGUUAAGACCUGUGUUUAGAACCUUGUUAUUUUUGAUUGUUGUUUGUAGAUCCAGUUCAGAUGGACUUCAGUUCACAUCUGGCACGAUAGCUUACACUCACUCUCCAGGAUACAAUAUAGAAAGCAGGGGAGUUAAAUGCAACUAUCAAAAAACAAAAUAAUUCUCCUGGGGAGUGUAUUAGUGUGCAAAACAUGUUAACGUGAGCUAAAGAGAAAAAUUAUCAACAGUUGGAGAAGUUAAGAAAUAUUUUGACUGUAUAAACUAUGUCAUCAAAUACAAUAAAACUUCAAGUUAUA